GAACGGCCAGCAUCAAGACGGAAUUGUUCACGAAACGCACAUCAGUCGAUAAGAGAAAGUAUUACCUGUUGAUUAACGUUGAAACACGCGAUGAAACGUUAACAAUAAAUAAUCGAUGACUGAUUGAUGUUGAACAACUCAAACAGAAGCUAAAGCCCCGAGGAUUUGAACCAAAUUUUAUCCAGUAAUUUAUUUUUAAAGAGACUGCUUUCUCGAGAUGAAACAUAUGUUCUUGCGAGUUUGUUUCGAACAUAUGGUUUAGGCCGUUUUCAUUGAUUUUUUAUUUAUGAAACUUGGAAUUUGAAAUUGGGAUUGUUUUGACAGUGGAUGACGUCAAGGGGUGAUUAUGAGUAUCACUUGUGUGCAGGAUCUGAAAAUAUGGAUCAAAUAGGUGAACCAACGUCUCCUCAACGUCUGGAGGGAUUUAAGUUCCUCUUCACAAUAACUGAAGCAAUUGGGGGAGCUCUGAUUGCCCUCGUCCUCUUUUGGAUCACCCACUUCCGCGGGGGUUUCGCCUGGUCCUCUAAUGUUGGACUGCAGUUCAAUUGGCAUCCCUUCUUGAUGACUGUGGGCCUAGUCUUUCUUUAUGCCAAUGGAAUGCUGAUCUACAGAACCCAGAGGAACGUCAGAAAACGUCGUCUUAAGCUCCUUCACGGAGGGAUGAUGAUCUUCACAUUAUUUCUGACGAUAAUUGCCCUAGUGGCUGUUUUCAAUAUGCACAACUACUCCACACCCCCAAUACCAAACAUGUACACUUUGCACAGCUGGGUGGGGCUCACCAGUGUCAUUCUGUUUGGUUGUCAGUGGCUCGCAGGUCUAGUCUCUUUUCUCUACCCGGGAAUCCAAACACCCCUUCGUGUUGCAUAUUUACCGAUCCACACGUACUUCGGAACUGCUGGAUUCGUCGGUGUUAUUGCUUCCUGCCUUCUUGGUUUGAAUGAGAAGGCUAUUUUCGCCCUCGGACCACAAAAAUAUUCGCAGUUUAUUCCCGAAGGAGUCUUUAUCAAUAUCCUCGGACUCUUCUUCGCCAUCUUCGGAGGUCUCGUCGUAUAUCUGGUGUCCCAGGAGAGGUACAGGAGGUUGCCACGGCCGGAGGAUGAGGUUCUCCUCACUGGGCAGUCUCAAUGAAUCUCAUCACAAUAAUUAUAGAUUUAUAAAUGUUGGUUACUAUCUGUGGUGCGCAAUUGGGAAAUUCCCAUUAUUUAUUGCUUGAAUAUUGUCGGUAUUAUUUACGUACAACGAAAGUGGAACCUGGUGCUUAUGUGAAUAAAGUUAAUCUUUAAUGCA